AUGAUAAAGGAAGAUGUGGGAUUUCUUCCAAUCUCAAAACUAGAAGCGAUCGCUGACUCCCUACUGACAGAGUUGCUAAAGAGCUCUAAGAAGCCUGCUACUCAUGUUAAUUAUCAAAUCGAGUUACUAGAAGUGUUCAACUAUGAGAUCAAGCGACACGAUAAGAUUGGAUAUUGUGACUUUGAGUUGGCAUAUGUGUGUUACAGUGUGACAUUACGUCUAUUGAAAGAGUGCAAAAAGCAUGAGUCUAAGGAGAUUCAAGACUUCAUCAAGAUAAUUGACCUGACGGUUUCCAAGAAAAAGGGUAAAUCAGAAAUGGUUGAAUCGCAUAUCAGUCAACAUCCUAUCACAGUGAGUAAGGGUACAUAUUCAAAUGUUUUGGAUGCAGAUCCGUUACUUUCAAGGUUCAACAAACUCAGUGCCACUCAAGAGGAUUUGAGUCUUCCUCUGACCACUUCCGAGUCUUUGGAAACUUAUAAGUACACUGAGACAAUUUCGGCUCCCCAAUUGCGAAAGCUUCUCGAAGAUUACAAGAGCAAUGUGUCUGUGCUUCUAAUUGACUUCAGAACUAAGAAAGAAUAUGAUUAUAAUCAUAUUAACUAUCCUCAUACAGUGAACAUAGAACCUGCCAUCGUAAAUGGGCUUCUAGGGCCUGGGAAUCAGAAUGAAGCUGACAAAGUGACUGACCAAGAUCUAGAAGAACGGUUAAGAAUGCUUCUACCAAAAGAACAGUAUCAAAUAUUUCUGAACCGUCACAAGUACGAUUUAAUUGUCUUGUACAACUUGAGGUUUGGGGUUGCUGAAAAACUAAUAAACCGAUUUGACGCUUUGGUUAGCUCUUUGAUCAAUGAGAGCAAUAAUGGUAAUCCAUGCAAGAGCCCGUUCUUAAAGUUGGUCGAGUUGCUAACGUACCGGAAUAAAUAUAUCAGCUCAAAGUUGAAGAGAGCACCUUGUUAUUUGUCUGGUGGAGUACGAAACAGCUAUAUGACUACAAACGCAUCAACGAAAUCCUCAGAGUCACUUUCAUCUGCAAAAAAUGGGUCCCCAUACCUCAAAAACUUUGGAGAUUAUUUAGGCACAGCUAAGAGUACGGGAAGUACUCCAAUAUCGAAUCUGUUUGCUGGGAAACAUUCAAGUGAUCCCAGCAAGAUAGGAUAUUACGCUCAAAGUGCUCCUUUAAAGCCAGAUACAUCCAAUUUCGGAGCCACUUCCAAUGGGAUUCACACAUAUAACAUACCGCCUCCACAGCAAAUUCCUGCCAGAAAGUCUUCGUUAAGCAAAACUUCAAGCUUCUCAAGCGAUGGAUAUAAUACUUCUUCUCCAGCACCACCAGAGAAAAAGACUUCUGUUAGUCCAACAAAAUUCCUCGAGCAGUAUACUACGGGGCUUACAAAUCUCGGGAAUUCAUGUUACAUGAACUGUAUUAUCCAGUGUCUUGGGGCCACUCCACAAUUAACGAAAUUCUUCUUUCCAACUUUGCCUUCUUCAUCUUCUUCGGCUUCUACUGUUCAGUCUUACAGGCAGCACAUAAACAUAAACAAUAAGUUGGGGACCAAAGGUAUAUUAACUACAAGUUUUGUUACCUUAUUGGUUGAUAUGUUUGGCAAUGCUGGAGGAAAUUUGUCUCCGCUGCAAUUCAAGAAGGUUAUUGGGUCAUUGUCACCUGGUGGUCAGUUUGCAAACUUUGACCAGCAAGAUUGUAUUGAAUUCUUGGACUUUGUUCUUGAUUCAUUACAUGAAGACUUGAACCAAAUGGUGAUUUCUAACCCCAAAGAGAAACAAGCCAUUCAAGAAUUGACACCUGAGCAAGAGCGUACGAGGGAGUAUUUGCCCGUGAGGUUGGCAUCGACAAUUGAAUGGGAAAGAUAUUUAAAAUUGAAUUUUUCUGUGAUUGUUGAUUAUUUCCAAGGGCAAUAUUUGUCACAAUUGAGAUGUUUAGAAUGUGGAACAACAUCUACCACCUACAAUGCGUUCCAAAUCUUGAGUUUGCCUAUUCCUGAAAGACUCAAUAAGGGAAAGGACUUAACACUUGAUGAUUGUCUACAGGAGUUUGUCCAAUUAGAGUUAUUGGAUGAUGAAAAUAAAUGGCAUUGUCCCAACUGCAAGAAAUUUACCAGGCUGACAAAGAAAAUCUCCAUCACAAGGCUUCCUCAAGUUUUAAUUAUUCAUUUCAAGAGGUUCAAGCUUUCUCCAACUGGGUAUUUCAGUAAAAUGGAUGACUUCAUUAAAUAUCCAGUGAAUGAUGUUCUAGACCUUACUUCAUAUUGGCCACAUCCAGGAACUGUCGUGAACCCAAACCUUAGCUCAUCUGAUGUCAUGGCGAAAGACAAGGAAGUACAAAUUCUUGCAACCUUGCCUACGCGUAAUCAAGUCCCUCCAUUCAGAUAUAAAUUGUAUGGAGUAGCCAAUCAUUACGGUAAUUUAACUACCGGUCACUACACUGCAUAUGUCCAUAAAGAAAGUGACAAAAAAAAGACUAGAGAAUGGUGCUAUUUUGAUGACUCGAAGGUCUCUUUCAACCAGAAGCAAAACCAGGUUCUCAACAAAAAUGCAUAUUGUCUAUUCUAUCAACGUAUUUAGUUAGGUAGAUCAUAAAUCUUUACAUAAAGACAGUCAGAUUGUCAUAUAUCCAGCUGGUGGAUCUUAAUCAUAGGAUGAUUGCUUACCACACCAUUACUCAUCCCAUUCCAUAACCAACUCACUUUAUCUGAACUAUCGACUUGUAUAUCGCCUCGAAAUCCUUCCACAAAAUUUCUAUCGUUCAAGGUUAUGUUGGUGGUAUAAUUAAUAAAUUCAUUGAAUAUAGUCAAUGAUGUCCAGAAUUGUAGCUUCCUUAAACAUGCUACUAUUAAACUUGUGACUUGGCCUCCAUUAACGCAGUGAACAUAGAUUGGAGAAUGCAGGGUAUGAAUAAUUAGAUCUAAGGCCUCAAGCACAGUCGAAUAUCCUAAUGGUACUCCACGUUUCUUUCCUUUACCCAGUUGCUCACACUCAAGGUGCACAAGGGUGAUUUUGUUUCUGGUAGCGAAGUCAUAUAGUUUUGGAUCAGUCUCUGGUGUCACUGGCAGUGGAGUUAAAGAAACAAUGGUUUUUAGACUCAAGCUUUCGAGAAAUGGGAAAUUGAUUUCUCUUGGAUAUGCACCUCUGUAGAAUCCCUCCUGGACUGUGCUGAACUUCAAAGGAGGGAUAAACAUGUAUGAUGAACUGUAAUCCAUAGUCAUAAACCUGAAAUGUAGUAAAAGUGCGACAUAUAUGUGC